GUUCCAGCCAUGGGGGUCCCAUGGCAGCCACCCCCGAGGCUGCUGGUCCUGCUGUUCGUCCUGCCGGUGCUCCAGGUGCAAGGGACACAUCCCGACUGUUCCGUCGUCUUCUAUUUCCAAAAGCAAGAAGAGGAAUGUCUGAAGAUUAUCAGGAGUGAGAGCCAAGCUCCAGGAACCCCUGGGCAGGAAGGCUGCCGGACCGAGUGGGACGGGCUGAGCUGCUGGUCGGCCGUGCCCGUCGGCCAGUCCCGAGCCAUCGCCUGCCCCGACAUCCUCCACGUCUUCAAGAAGUCCAAAGUGCUGAUCCAGAGGAACUGCACCGAGCUGGGAUGGAGCUCCCCCAGCCCUCCCUACCACAGUGCCUGCGAGCUGGAGGCCCUUGGCAGCAACAACGACACUGAGGCCAAGAAAGGCUAUUUUGUCACCAUGAAGGUGCUUUACACCUGUGGCUACUCCACGUCCCUGGCAGCCUUGUUCUUGGCCAUCGGCAUCUUCUCCUGCUUCAGGAAGCUGCACUGCACCAGGAACUCCAUCCACAUCCACUUCUUCACCUCCUUCGUGCUGCGGGGGACUGCUGUGUUCAUCAAGGACAGAGUCCUCUUCUCAGACGAGUCCAUCGACCACUGCACGAUGUCAACAGUGAACUGCAAAGCAGCCAUCGCCUUCUUCCAGUACUCGGUCCUGGCCAACUUCUACUGGCUGCUGGUGGAGGGCCUGUACCUGCAGACCCUGCUGCUGCUCACCUUCACCUCCGACAGGAGGUACAUCUGGUGGUACAUCCUCAUCGGCUGGGGUGUCCCCAUGGUGACAGUGGCUGUGUGGGUGGUCACCAGGCUGCAGUAUGACAACCAUGGGUGCUGGGAUGAUUAUGCCAGCCUGUACUGGUGGGUGAUCAAGGCUCCCAUCCUCCUGGCCAUAUUUGUGAACUUCCUCAUCUUCCUCAAUGUCACCAGGAUGUUGGCACAGAAGAUCCGGUCCCCAGACAUCAGCAAAAACUACAAGCAGCAGUACAUGAGGCUGACCAAGUCCACGCUGCUGCUCAUCCCUCUCUUCGGGGUGCACUACAUGGUGUUCGCCCUCUUCCCCGAGCACGUCGGCGUCGGUGCCCGGCUGUACUUCGAGCUGGUCCUCGGCUCCUACCAGGGGUUCCUGGUGGCUCUGCUGUACUGUUUCCUGAACGGGGAGGUCCAGGCUGAGAUCAAGAGGAACUGGGGCAAGUGGCAGUUGUCCAUGGAGAGCAACGUCUUCAACCUGGUGACCCAGGACUUCACAGCAUGAUGAGGACGGCGGCUGGGGGGGAAACACCCCCUCGGGGGGGAAGGGGGGAGGGUUGGUGCAGCUCCAUGGCUACAGUCCCAGAAAGGCCAAAAAAAAAAAGAUUUUGGAUGUUCUGGGUCUGGUAUCCUCAGAGUGUGGUGUGAAUGGCUGUAGGAAAGGCUCUGCCUGCUCAGGUGCUGGUGGCACUUUAUGGCUCUGUGUGACAGUGCCUCACCCACUCAAAGCUCUCUUUGGGCUUUGGUCAGAAUUUUAGGUAGAGUAAAGAGAACUUCUCCGCUCUUCUACCCCAAGACCAGGCAGGAAACCCAAUUAUCAUUUCACAAAGGGCAGUUGGUGUUUUUCAUUUGCACUGGAAUGAAAAAAAAAAGUGGUCCUGACACUGAAGGCAUUUUUUGAUGGCUGUUCCCUCUCUUCCUUAGUGUACAAAACCAUUUCCCUCAUGGGAAGAUGCCUAAACACAGCCAGGAGCCUUUCUGAGGGUGGGAGAAGCAAAUAGAGAGAGAGACAAAACUCCCUACAAGAGUUCCCCAGUGGCCUCUUGACUCAGUUCCUCCCUGAUUUCCAAAAUGUUCCCCUCUCUCCCAUGCCCAUUGAUUCAACUGGGGGAUACAUUCCACCACUCCCUGGGCCUUUGCACUGAGGAAUGGGACAGUUUGCAAUCAGCAGGACUCACUGGCUUCCCUGGGGACUCAUUUUCCAGGGAUAGCAAGUUUUGU